AAUGUGUUUUAUUUUGUAGCUGGUCAUGAUAUUGUUUUUGUCAAUUUCUAUGCAGAUUGGUGUCGAUUCAGUCAAAUCCUUGCACCAAUAUUUGAAGAAGCUUCGAACAAAAUUCGUCUAGAAGUGCCAGAAGGAGGUCGAGUGGCGUUUGGUAAAGUUGAUUGUGACAGAGAAGUGAACAUUGGUACACAGUAUCGUAUCAAUAAAUAUCCAACCUUAAAAUUAUUCCGAAAUGGUCAAGUGGUCAAGAAAGAAUUCCGAGGUCAAAGGUCAGUGGAUUCCAUCGCCAACUUUAUUCGAGAUCAGUUGAAAGAGAAUGUGGUUGAACACAAUAAUAUAGAUGAUCUGGAUGAACUAGAUACUAAGAAACGCCAUGUGAUAGGUUAUUUUGAGAACAAGAAUUCUGAUAAUUAUAAAACAUUUUCUAAAACUGCCAGUGUACUGAGAGAUGACUGUUUGUUUCAUGCUGCUAUAGGGACUGUGUCUGCUAAUGAAAGAUCAGGGGGAGAUAAUAUAGUAUUCAGACCACCAAAUACCAGACGACAAGAUGUUCAUUACCAAGGCUCACUAACCAAUCUGGAAACAGUUAAAGAAUGGACAAGAGAAAAUUGCGUUCCCUUGGUUCGAGAAAUUACAUUUGAAAAUGCAGAGGAACUGACAGAAGAAGGGAUACCGUUCUUGAUAUUAUUCCACAAAUUAGAUGAUGCAGAUAUUGUUAGAAAAUAUAACACAGAAGUUGUGCGUCAUUUAUCACAUGAAAAAAAUAAUAUAAAUUUCCUCACAGCAGAUGGGGCAAAAUUUACACAUCCACUACAUCAUCUAGGAAAAAGUGUAAACGAUCUUCCAGUUUUAGCCAUUGACAGUUUCAGACAUAUGUAUGUCUUUCCUGGCAAUGUGGCUGAAGACAUGGGCAAACCAGGAGUGUUGAAAGCUUUUAUAGAUGAUUUACAUUCUGGAAAAUUACACCGUGAAUUUCAUCAUGGGCCUGAUGCAACUCCUCCUCCACAACCUCAUCUCCCACCCACAUCACCCCCAGAAUCAGCGUUCAGAAAACUUGGUCCGUCCCGAAAUCGAUACACGAUAUUACGGGACGAGCUUUAA